GUGGGCACAUCUGGAGAGACUUCCUGAGGGGAUGAAGUGCAGGAGGAGGGCACGCGGGGCUUGCAGCUGGACUCGUGAACGUUCAGGAGCGACAGUACUCUCAUACAUUCUUUGUGCAUGGUAUUCAAUGGUACAGUGAUCCACUUCGUCGUAAGGGACUAUCUGAUGCAACUGCUGUAGACGCGGCAUAAUGACUUUGCUAAGGAAACUAAAUCGCGUCCUCCUCAUGCUGCUGGUGCUGAUGGUUCUGCUGCUGCUCUACAAUAGACUGCUGAGGCCCCCUGUACCUCGACGAUACACAAGCCCUAAGAAGGAGCAUGUGCACCCGCCUAAAAACUCCCCCGAAGAAGAGCUCGACCCGGAAGAGAAGGGUUCCAUCCCCGUGGUGAUCUGCGCCGGCGAGGAGCGACUCGGGGGUGCCAUGGCAACCAUCAACAGUGUGCAGAGCAACACCAGAGCCAGCGUCUUCUUUUACAUCAUCACACUGAGGGACUCUGUCAAGACUGUCAGGCAGUACAUAGAGAACACCAAGCUGAAGAAGAUCAAGUACAAGAUCCUGGAGUUCAACCCCAUGGUACUGAAGGGGAAAGUCAAGCCAGAGUCCUCCAGGCCUGAUCUGCUACGGCCUCUGAAUUUUGUGCGCUUCUACCUCCCCCUGCUGGCCAUCAACCAGAAGAAGAUCAUCUACCUGGACGACGAUGUCAUAGUGCAAGGUGAUAUCAAGGAGCUGUACCAGACCAAGCUGGAGUCGGGACACGCUGCUGCCUUCGCCUCCGACUGUGACCUGCCGUCCUCCCAUGAGAUGGUACGCAGUGUGGGGAUGCAGCCCAUCUCCCAGACGACAUACAUGGGCUUCCUGGACUACCGGAAGCAGGAGGUGCGCGAGCUGGGCAUCAACCCCACCAAGUGCUCCUUCAACCCGGGCGUCUUCGUGGCCGACGUAGCCGAGUGGAAGAGGCAGAAGAUCACCAAACAGCUGGAGAAGUGGAUGAUCGAAAACUUCAAGGACAACCUGUACAGCAGUGCAAUGGCAGGCGGAGUGGCAACACCCCCCAUGCUGAUCGUCUUCAAUGACAAAUACACAACCAUCGACCCUAUGUGGCACGUCAGACACCUUGGCUGGAGCCCGGACGCCCGCUACGCUGAGUCCUUUCUGCAGAAGGCGCAACUGCUCCACUGGAACGGCCGCUUCAAGCCCUGGGACUUCCCCUGCGUGCACAUCGACCGCUGGGAGAAGUGGUUCAUCCCCGACCCCUCCGGACGCUUCUCCCUCAUGCGGCCCUGAGCCACGAAACUGCACCUCCAACCAGUGGCCACAGUGGGGCGCUGGCUAUCAGACGCCAUUAUAACUACACCAAUCUAGCCUGGCUGCCGCUAGACUAUAUCACAAGUGAGAUAUAGUCCGGGGGAACUGUCGUUUUUGCCUCUGGUGGUCAACAUGAUGGAUCUGUAAACAACCUUGGGGCUCUAGUUUGUCUAAAAACAUGUCUUGCUCCCUUCUCCUCGGUCUGUAUUUUGUGUUCUCAAUCUCAGGCAGAGAUUUCAGCGUGGGUUUCCAUGCUGUCUUUCAGAUCGGAACGAUCGUGCAAGGCAGCAUGGGAUCUCCCAGGCCAGCACCAAUCACCGAAGGUGGACAUCCAAGGACCGCAGGAGUUCUCAAGGCCACCUCUUUACUAACCUGGCUCUUGACAGAUGAAUGUGGUUCUCUCUUGGCUUUACUGUACAUUACACAUAGCUGACUUUUAUCCAAAGCGACUUGAGUGUUUUAGGGUAUUUGUUACAGUCCCUGGAGCAAUGUGGGGUAAGGUGACUUGA